CUUUCUUCUUCAGCUUCCUUCUCCAUCUUCUCCAUUUCCCAAUUCCCAAUUUCCACCCCCACACACACUCCAUUUUACAACAAAACCACCUACUCUUCACUCUCUCUCUGUAAUAAAAAUCUCAUUUUCUCUCUCUUUCUCUCUCUACAUUUUUUUUCUUUCUUUUUUCUCUCUCUGCCGUAAAUCCACCCCAUCCAUCUCCAAUUUUCGAAUCUACCCCUCCCUUUCUCUCUCCAUGGACCCAUCCUCGAUCCCUCCAUCAGCAGGUCCGGCCACCAACACCCUCCCCAUGCCAACCAUCCCCGCCACCGUGCCCUUCCUCCAGGAGCCGAACAACCACUCUCCUCCGCCGCCGGCCAGCACCGGAACGAACGCUGCUCCCAGCCACCCUCCCUACGCCGAGAUGAUAUACACGGCAAUCGAAGCGCUGAAGGAGAAAGAGGGUUCGAGCAAGAGAGCGAUAGCGAAGUACAUAGAGCAAGUGUACAAGGAGCAGUUACCACCAACUCACUCGACUUUGCUCACUCACCACCUCAACCGACUCAAGAACAACGGCAUGCUUCAAAUGGUCAAGAAAUCAUAUAGGCUUCCUAGAUCUGCUGACGCUACCGACCCUAACCCUUCUCCUUCUGGGUCCUCCAGGCCCAGGGGACGCCCUCGUAAGGCCCAGAUUCAGCCCCAGCCCCAAUCACAGCUCCCCCAGCUUGAGGCACAGCCUCAGCCACAGCUGGCUGGGAAUGUUAAUGUUAAUGUCCCUCAGCAGCAGCAGCAGAAUGCUGAGCCUGUGUGGGCCGCGCUAGGGCUUGCAGAUGAGCCUGCGGUGCAGCCUGGCUCGGAGCUGAAGAAGAGGGGUCGUCCGAAGAAGAAUGAGGUUGCACCAGGUGCUGCGGAGACGCCAAAUACAAGCCUGGCUGUUGCUACGCCGGGUCGGAGAGGGCGUCCUCCGGGCUCGAAGAACUCGAAGAGGAAGCCUGGUCGUCCUCCGAAGGCUUCGCCUGCUGGUGGUCCGGCUGCUGCUUCCGGCCGACCGGCCAAGAAUCAGCAAGUGGCGACUCCUGUUACGUUCGCUGCUGUUUCUGAUCCUGACGCCGCUGUGACUGCAUUGCCGCCGGCUCCCGUGGUUGUGCCUGCCGGUGGUGUUCCUGUUGCUGGGUCUCCCAGGCCCAGGGGACGCCCGAAGAGGAUUCUUGGUGAGGCUGUCACGGGUGCUAUAAUUCCUGUUGCUGUCGGUGCCACUGGCCGCGGAAGGGGCCGCGGACGUGGACGCGCUCGCGGUUACGGCUUCGGUACCUUCGGACGUGGACGUGGUCGCGGGCGUGGAAGGCCAGUUGGCCGCCCGAGGAAGGAUAUAAUAUUGGCGGGUACUUCACAAAAUGAAGAUCUCCGGAGGAAGCUUGAACACUUCCAAGCAAAAGUGAAGGAAUCUCUGGCCGUGCUUAGGCCUUACUUCAACCAUGAAAGUCCAGUAACUGCACUUGCAGCACUCCAAGAAUUGGAUGUACUGGGAACUAUGGACCUCAAUGCACCCCUAAGAGAUGAAACUAUUCCUCAACAACCACAGCAGCAGCUGCCUCUGCAGCAGCAGCCGCCACCGAUGCAGCCGUCGCCAUCACCACCACCACCACCUCAACCGCACCAGCAGCUGCCACAACCACAGCUCAUGUUCCCACAGCAAUUCCACCAGUUUAACCUGCCGCAGUUCCAGCAGCAGCCCCCGCAGUAUCAGCACCAACACCAGCCCCCACCCCAGCAGCAACUGUUCCAUCCAUAGGGAUUCCGGCAGAUGCUAGGAACAAUGACGUGAUCCUAGACCUAAAUUUGAUUGUGAAACAACUUGUACAAGUGUUUGUUUAACAAGGCAUAUUAUGAGGGUAAUAGAUUCGUAAAUCAAGUAGGGAACUUAGUAGUACUGAUUUUUGUGUUUGUUGUUGUGCAUCUUUCUAGAUUUACCCUCCUCUUCAAGUAAUAUUUUAGAUUUUAGAGUACUGAUGAUUCUGUUAUUCAAGUAAUAUUUGUUUGACUUUGACACCUUACUGGAGUUACAUUAUUCUCUUGCGUAUGUUGGGUACCAUUUUAAA